UUUUCUUUUUUUACUUCCUUUUGCAGCGCGCGCACACACAAAAAAACCCCAGCUCUGGUAGCGAAAGGAUUUUGGUUUUAGCCUAAAAUACCCCCUCUUCCUUUUCUGUUAUGCUCUCCGUACAGGGUUCAGUCAAGUUUUGCAAAGCCAAAAGAAGAUGAGAUCACGCCCUGCCUCUGCGGAGAAGGUGUCUUGACAACCGUUUGUGUGAGGGGAGUGCGAGAAAUUGCAGAUUUAAGAAAACCAGUAAAAAAGAGAGAGAGAGAAGCAAGGGAGGCGAGUGGGGAAAUGGAGUUGCCAGAGUCUCCAGAAAAAUGCACAGAGAGUGAAAUCGGCGGUUGUCUUCCCAAAGAUUCUCCGCCCUUGAGUCAGCAAGGAGAAAACGAGCCCAAAAACUUCAUCAGGGGUAUCAGAGAAGCGCUGAGCUUCAGGGGAAACGCAUCGAAACUGGCCAAAGAGAAACUGGCUGAAGCUAAAAUGGAUGGAGAUAAAACAGAAAUAAGCGGGAGGAAUGGUAAAUUGGAAGUGCCAUCACAGCCGGAGUCUCCAGCGAAAAGUGAGGAGAGUGAAGGUGCACACUGUCCUCCCGAAGACUGUCCAUCCUUGCAUAAACAAGGAGAAAACGAGCCAAGAAACUUCAUCAGGGGUAUCAGAGAAAUGCUGAGCACCAGGAAAAGAAAGUCUCAAAGUCUCAAAGAGCAAUUAAGUGAUACUAACACGGAUGGGCUUAGAACAGAAACAAGAGAGACUGAUGGGGAAAUGGAGCCAGCGGCAGAACCAAAGUCUCCUGCAAAACACAUGGACGGUGAAGAGGCAUCGAAAUCUGCCAAAGAGAAAUCUACUGAAGUCAACAUGGGUGAAGAUAAGGCAGAAAUAAGGGAGGCAGACGGGGAAAUGGAGCCGCCAUCAGAGUCAAAAUCUCUGGCAAAACAUACGGAGGGGAGUGAAGAUGGCAAGCGCCUUCCCAAAGAAAAGGAGCCCCAAAACAUCAAUAAGAUGAUAAGAAUGAGCUUGAGGAAAGGUAGAUCAAAAUCUCUCAAAGAGAAAUCGGUUGAACCUAAACUGGAUGAAACUAAAACAGAAACGAAGGAGAAGGAAGAGGAGGAGAAAAUGGAACCUUCAGUGAACCACACAGAAGGAGAAGGUUAUCUGCACCUGAGUCAUCAAGGAGAAGACGAGCCAAAGAAAUUCAAACCAAUUCGGAGCUUGAGCUUGAUGGGAAGUGCAUCAAAACCUGUCAAAGAGCAAUCAGCUGAAGAAGCGGACCCCUCCAGGUCCAGCAAGUCUUUUUCAUUCUUAAAGAAAAAAAAGACCAGCCUUCCGAAGGAGUGUAAGGAGCCUGACGAAGAAGAAGACCAUGUUCAGAACGAACCACUGUCUGUUAUGCAGAUAAAUGAACUUAUUAAAAAUGGGCAACUUCUAGAAGCCUUCAAAAACAUCAAGGGUUUAGAAAGGGAGCUUCUGGCUGAAAUAGAUGCCAAGAAAUAUGAAGACAACCCCAAGGGAUGCAUUGUGAAGGCCAAGGACAUCGACUUGCUCUACGACUUGGUUUCUAAGGCCAUCCAGCGCAUCGUGGAGGAAACCCUGGAGCUUCCCAGGGUAGAUGCAAAGGCUUUAAACACUCUUGUGACUCUGAUCGCAGAGGAAGAAAAAGCCCAUGCUGGGGCUACAAGCAUCGCUGCCUCAUCCGAGGCUGUGUCCAACCUUGGGUUAGCCAGGAACUGGAGGCAGCUUUGGGAAGACGCUGUCAAGCGAAGUGUGGAAACCAGGGUCCAAAAAGUGCCUGUGCCACUGAAGGAGGACAACACCUCUUGGCUGUCGAUACACUUAGGAUAUCUCAAAGAAGUCGUAAGAACAGAUUUGUUGACAAUCAAACACUGGGUACACAAAUGCUAUCCACCAGAAUACAGUGUGGGCGAUGCAUACCUGAAGGCUUUCCACAAAGCCCUCUCUUUGCACUUACAAAGCAUCCUGGAAGAAGAUGAGAGCCUGGGAUGCAAUCAAUUCUAUGCAGUACUCAACUGGGUCACUAAUGUAUACCACAGUGAAAAUCUCUUAGGAUGCCCAGACCUUAAACCAGAAAUAAAAACUGAAGCUCUGCCGGAUUUGUUAACUUCAGAAGAUUUAAACAAACUGAAGAGCAACUACGUAACUCUAUUUGAAUGGUUUGAAACCAAGAACUGCUUGGAGAAUAUUUUGAUGCUGGAGACCAAGGAAAAGUGGAAAGGAGAGCCAGAUGAGCGGAAAAACCCAUACGAUUCGUCGCUGUCCUACGAUAUUCAAACGCUCGCCAAACAACACAGAAAGGUAGCCGGCUGCAUUUGCGAAGAAGUGGAAGACGCCGUUCUCAAAGGUAUCGUGAAAGAAGUGACAGAAUUCCUACCACGCUUUGGGAAAGCAUUUCUGGACCAAGCGAAAGAUCACCCCCAGUUUCUGAUGUUCAUGAUGGCCUACCUUAACAGCUUCCAGGACUUGAGGAUGAACUUGCAAGCGACUUUUCACAUCAACUGCGAAGAACUGGAGAAGACCCUGACUAGUCUGAUGCUGAGAUACAGGAAAUGCUUUUUAAAUAAAUUAAAGCUGGAAACACAGCCAAUGUUCAAGAAAAUUCUAAGCCAGGCCUGGGUCGUAAGUGGCAGAACCUUCGACUCAUUCAUCAUUAAAAUAUUGUCCAUCAUUGAGGAGUCUUCGGAACAUCUAAAGCAUCUGCAGGAACCCGUGUGCAAGGAUUUUCUCAACGAGGUUCACAGGGAUGUGGUCAAAGAGUACAUCAUGCAAACUCUCAAGCCAAGAGGCAGAAUGAGGAAAGCGAAACGAGACGAGGUCAGCAAAAUAAUGUCUCAGGAUGCCACAGCUAUUAACAACACAAUGCAGCAUCUGGGUUCAACUUCUGACUGGCUCGCUCCUGCCAUAGAACACAUUGCUAGAAUAAUUGGCGAGGAAGAAAAAGCCAGAAUCAAGGACCACAUUAACUGUUUAUACCAGGAUUAUCCAGACAUCAGAAAGGAGCACAUUGUCGCUGUUCUUGCUCUUCGAGGAUUGAGUCGAAAUAAGAGGCGAGCGAUAGCUGACCACAUGAAGCAGCCGUCAGAAGAGUUGGGAUGCAGGACGCUCUUUGCUGAAAUAGAAGUCCCAAGAACCACCCAGUGCUUUUUUUAAAAUCUGCAGAAAUGAAAUGUGGAGCUAUUCUUGUUUCCAUGUAUUUAUGAACAAACAAGCACUUGAACAGAGUCAGGCCAUUUGUCCAUCUAUCUGUGGCUCUCCACAUCUUGCUCCUUAAUGAUCCUUUUAGCAGGAGAUGCCUGGGAUGAGUCUUAGAAGAUUGUUGUUGUUGUUUAGUCGUUUAGUCGUGUCCGACUCUUUGUGACCCCAUGGACCAGAGCACGCCAGGCACUCCUGUCUUCCAC